AUUUCAUGGGUCCAAAAAUGCUUCCGAAGAUGCGCCAUUGGUAAUUCUGGCCAACUACGACACGGAUGAGUCGGAGGUGAACCCGGUGGACGACAAUGGCUCGGGAAUCGUGGCCCUGGUCGCAUUGGCGGAACAUGUUUCACAUCAAAUUACGACGGGGAAGCUGGUUUUGGAGAGAACGCUCAUUUUCGCCGCAACGGACAUGGCUCUCAGUAAAUAUGAAUACGGUCUUCCGGAUGGUGCCAGAACGGGGGCGGAGGCGUUGGUCCAACUCUAUUUGCCGCAAAUGAUGCAAGGUCGGUCUCGUUUUGGCGGUGCCAUUGUUCUCGACUCCAUCAUGAACUAUAACGACGAGGAGAGGUCGCAGUCUCAGUACGGCGGACUCUUCGACAAGGCUUUCCCACUGGCGUAUCAAGAAAUGUCAAAGCGUAACUUCAAGGGGGACUUUUUGGCCAUGGUUUUCCGAGACGAUGAGCUUGACACUCCUCUCGUCCAGGCGUUUGAACGUGGAUGGAGGUCAACCUCAAAGUCCAUGCGUUCCGAGGCCGAGGUUGACAUCGAUCCUGCUCUGGUUCGGUUUUCCUACACGCAGUCGACCUUCAACGCCCACGCCCCCUCCGCCAUCCACUUCCUCCACUCGGAACAGGCCCCGUUCUGGAACCACUUUGUCCCAGAGAUUCACAGAAAACUCCCCACGAAAGAGUUUCCAGCUCUCUUGCUCACCGACACAGAAAAAUACAGAAAGGCGGAAUGUGCUAGCUCGGGAUGCACAAUCACGAAAAUGGUGACCGACGCCCCGAAAAAUGUCGAGUUUCUCAAGAGAACAGUCAAUGCUUUGUAUGCCACGAUUAUCGAUCUCCAAGUCGAUGGCAACAGAAACUCGGCCCCCACGACUGCUGGAUACUCGUCCUUAUUUUCCAUCAUCGUUGGAAUUGUGAUGCAUCGAGUCAUAUUUUUAUAAACGUCAUUGGUCAGAUGCUAAAUCCAGUCUCAAAAUUACUUAACAGAAAUACUUUGAAUCUCUCUCAGCACAGAAAUCAACUCUUAUCAAUUUGUCACAAGGAAUGCGCAACAUUUUUAAAUUAUUUAUUAUAACUGGAAGAAAGAUCAUGGAGCAACGAGUGGAGAAACACUUGACAAUCUCAUUCAGAGCCAUACAUAUUUAGAAAUAAUAUUGUUCAAUAAUAUAAUAACUGAAAAAUAUUAAUGUACAAAAACUUUACAAUAUAAGUCUUUUAUCUCCCCUUAUUUCUAACUCUUCAUUUACCUUAUGCUUGAUACUACAUUACUGAAAGUUGUGAAUAUUCCUUAAAUAUUUUUUUUAUAAAGACACUCAUCGACAAUGAAAAAUUCAGCUGUCGAACUUGAUUGAACACAUUGAAUUUUAUACGAAAUUUGUGACACUAAAACACUAAAAAUAUUAUCCAAACAACUAUGGACUGAUAAUGUUACCUGUAUAUCUGUACUUAGGAACUGAACAUACGAGUAAAUAUUAUUAAGAAAUGUACAAGAAAAAACUUUGUAUCAACAUUAAUUAUUAACAAACACUUACAAAACAUUUCGGUCUUUCGAAGGUUGAGACACAUAAAUAAUAUAGUAACGAUCGAACAUUUGACGUUGAUUAUUCGCCGGUGAACGUUCACUGGUCCUCCCACUAGCUCAGCUUACCGUCCUAUUCGGAGGUCCUUGUACCCUUCGUCUAACG